UUAAAAAACAAUUCGGUUUCCAAAGCGAAAUUCAAAGACACGGAGAAGAGAAGAGAAAAGAACCCUAAUUCCCCUUCGACCUCUGAUUUCGCGCAAUUUGCCCUUUGCCGAAACCCUAACCCUAGCUCUGAUCCCCAAUUGAAGAAGAAUGCUUCUCUCUCCGGGUCAUUCUCCUCGAAAUCUCUCAUCCCCUUCACCCAGUACAGUCUCCGACAAUGCCCCAGAAAACCCUAGCCGUUCUUCUGCAAUCACCCCGACAAACCCUAGAAAACAGCCCACGGUCCUCGAUGAAGAUUCCUACGUCGCCGCGAUCGAGAAGAUCAUCGAGCGCGACUUCUUCCCCGACAUCUCGAAGCUUCGCGACCGCCUCGAUUGGCUGGAGGCGAUCAAGACUGGGGAUCCUGUUCAGAUUCGAGACGCCCAGUUGAAGAUUAUCGAGCGCCGAGGCAAGAAGGUGAGCAAUUCUACCUCCGAUCGGAGAACUCAGACUCCUGGUUCUACUUUUGCGCGCAAUUUCACUCCUUUCGAGGAGUUUGAUGCCAAAACCCCGAAAACCCCUGGUGUUAGGGCUCCUCAGGAAGGCGGGGAGCCCGGGGAGGGCGAGGAAGGCGUUGACGACUCGUUUUCGCUCGAUGAGUUCUUUAGGCGGUACACAAGUGAGGAUAAUUAUAGUUUCUCGAAUAUUCUAGAGAAGGUGAAUAGGAAGAGAAAGGAGAGAUAUGGGUAUUUGACUGAAGGGGAAAAGGAAGAUGUUAAGGCGAUUGAGGAUGUGAAGAGGGAUAGGAUUACUGAUGGGUAUGGGACGUCUUAUCAGCCUCCAAGUACUCUGGAGAGUUGGAAGUACACGGCGAAGAAUUUGCUCAUGUAUCAUCCAGCGGAUCGUGGCGAAGCGCCAUUGACGGAGGAGGAACGUGCCGUUAGGAUGAAGGGCUUAGAGAAGGAGAUCAAUCGGUCCAAUACUAGAUUUCAUGGCAAAGUGAUGGAUUCUAGGCCUACGGAUGAUGGUACUGUUGAAGUUCUUUAUACCCCUGUUGCUGGUGCAACCCCGGUUCCCAUGAGUAGAGAUGGGGAUAAGUCGAAGAAGUAUGAUUUGGAGGAUUUGAGGAAGACCCCAAAUCCGUUUUACUUAGUAUCGGAGAAGAAAACCGAGAAUGGUUAUAGCUUUGUUAGGACUCCUUCGCCUGCACCGGGUGUUGAUGAGUCCCCGUUUAUUACAUGGGGUGAGAUUGAAGGGACGCCAUUGAGGUUGGAGUCUGAGGACACCCCAAUUGAUAUCGGCGGCAGUGGUGAUGGACCUCAUUAUAAGAUCCCGUGCCUGCCUGCAAGAGAUGAGAAGGCACAUUCACUGUCUAGAGAAGCUGCACGAAAGCUGAGAGAGAGAUCGAAAAUGUUUCGGAAGCCGCCGUUGCCGUCCCCUGUUAGAGGUGGCAGUGCUAGUCCGAGUGUGCGGACAUUUUCUCCUGCUGCUCAGAAGUUUAUGAGGAGUGCAAUUGCGAAGACUACGUCGUCUGUUGAUGAAUCUCUUCGUGCCAGUUACAGAGGUGCAAGCCCGGGGCUUGCCAGUCCCAAGGGUGGGAGGAGUGUUUCAAGACUUGGAAGAGAUAGUAGUAGGGCUUCAAGGUCACCUGUUGUUGGAGAAGGUUCUAAUCCUCCUUGGUAAUUCACUAAUUUGUAAUUUGCUUUCUGAGCAGUAUAGGAAUACUUCCCCCUUUUACUUCAAUACUUGUAUAGAGUAGACAAGCUCUGUUGUUCCCUUUUAUAUCAUAAUCUGAAAUAUGGUAUGAGCAUACAAUUUUCCAAAAUUGCUGUUUGAAUUUGCGAGUAUGGUAGUUGAAAUACCUAUAAUACCCGCACUAUUUUUUUUU